AUGCCAGAAAAGCAGGAAGCCCACCAAUAUCAGGCGGGGACCACCACAGAUAAGGAAAAGGACGAGUGGAAACACAGAGAUCCAUACCGCAUUCACGAGAACACCGAUGACUUCGAGGUCAAAUGGGAGGGACAAUGCCACUGCGGAAAAGUCCAGUAUCAAUUGAGCAGGGACAAACCUUUGGCUGCAAAGUAUUGUCAUUGCACGACUUGCCAGAGAUUGCACGGUGCUCCGUUCCAAUGGGCCGCUAUCUUCCACAAAUCUGACAUCAACUUCACCCACGGCCAAAAUGAUCUAGGCUGGUAUGAUCCGACCAACAAAGACACCUCCCACCAUCUGCCUUGCAAGGUUUCCUGCGCGUAUUGUCGGUCGCCCAUUAUGGACGAAGGACGCAAUAUGAUCCUGUUAUUCCCGCCCUUGAUCAAGAAUAUCAACACAAAGGAGGGCCGGGAAGCGUUCCGACCCACGUGCCACAUGUUCUAUACUCAGCGAGUGGCCGAGUUCCGCGGGGACGGCAUUGUGAAAUGGAAGGGAUUGGACAACAUGAGUGACCUGCUGGAUGAUGACGAGAAUGUCCUGGUCAAGUAUGAAGAGGGCAUGAAGGAUAAGGACAUGGAUGCGAAGAAGAGAAAGCAUGUUGAACUCAAUGAUAAAGAAGAGGUGCAGGGCAAGAAGGAUGGAGACUAG